GAAAUUAUCUAUAUAUAUUCGCACACGACCGGGACAAGAUAGGAUGAAAUUUGUCAACACGUGCACACCGGUCGGAAAAUGGGACAUAACGCAGUAUUCGGUCUGACUUUGUUUGCUGUUAUAUUAGGUAUUACACUCAGUAUUACACCCACAAAGUACUUUGAAUGUGAAGAAUAUCCGGGCGACGAAACAGUAGAUCAAACUCGGAGGGAUUGCAUACGUGAAAAAGUGAAUGACGUGGAGCGUUUAUUUUGUAAAUAUUGGGAAUGUACUACUCCCAGCUGUCCCGAGGCCGAGCGACUAACGGCAGACGACGGCUGUCAGUUUUGUCCAGGGACUUGUACUAUCAACGGAAAGAUUUACGAAGUCGGCACAGGUACCAGCUGCAUAGAUAACGUCAACUCCUGUUACUGUGUGAGCACGGGAUCAGUCAUCCAUACUUUGGUGGGAUACAAUCGCAACGCAUUAUGUAAUGCGCCAAAUCCUGAAACGUGAUUUUUUUCCCCUAGAUGUAAAUGUUUUUCUUAUAUUAAAAUCUUAUUUGCACAAGAAA